CUUUUCUUCCUCCGCCAUCUUCUCUAAAACUGAUGCGCUGCAGCCUGCGAGAAAGAAGAGGCUACGAACUUGGCACAAUAAACAAAGGCUUUGCAAAGUUACGAGACGAACGUUACAAUAUAUGUUAUUAAGCUUAGGUGAAUACAGGAAGUGCUUAUUUCCUUGAAUGGAAAUGGUACAGACUGAAAAAAGUGCUUUUAAUUUCAGGUAUGCCGGAAGUUAGUUUGGUCCAUAUGCCCAAAUAAUUCCGAUGAGGAACAGAUUCACUGGAUACUAAUGUGACAUAUUUUGUUGUCCGCGUGCGUCUUAACGGUCGAAAUAUUUGUUAAAGUUUCGACUUAAUUCGUUCUGUUUAAUGUCAAGUUAAUUGACACAAAUGUGGUUUAAAACAUCACAAAUAAUCCGGAACCUUUCAGUCAUGGUGCUACUCGGCCACCAUUUUGUUGUGCACUCCAGUUACCUGUUAAGCGCGUUGCGGUACAGUAGCAGCACAAUUACUGAACUUUUUUUUUUUUUGCCGAUUUCCUGUCCCGUUCAUAAUGUCGGACACAUGGAGCAACAUCCAGGCGCACAAGAAGCAGCUGGACUCUCUGCGGGAAAGGCUCCAAAGGCGGCGGAAAGACCCAUCACAACUGUCCGGCGAGGUUGGCGGGAGUGCAGAUGGUCCCACAGCUAGGAGCGACAGUCCAGGUCCAUCACUUCCAUGCACUACACAGGAGGAGACGGAGAAACCACCAGACCCUGAAUUAGAGAAGAGGAUGUUGGGAUAUUUGUCUGAUCUGAGUCUUUCCCUGCCCAAAGACUCCCUCACAAUUACAAAUGAGCUAAAUAGUUCGGAGACAGCUGUCAGUCAUGGAUGCAUCCAGAGUCUCUUGAUGAAGUUUUCCGCUCAGGAGCUCAUCGAAGUCCGGCAGCCAACUUUAACUUCAUCUUCUGCAGCGUCCUCCUCCACAGUCGUCGUUGCGGUGGACCAUACAAAGCUAUGGGCUAUGAUCGGUUCUGGGGGCAGUGCCCAGCGGAGUCAAGGGGUCAAGAGAAAAGCAGAGGAGCAGUCCCAGCACACAAGAACCCCGCGCUUCUCGCCGUCAUUACAGGGCUCUGUGUCUCCUCCGCGCUCUGCCAACUCCUCCAUAAUGCCUGCGUCCUUGCAGCUGCCUGGGCCGUCGGCAUCAGGCAGCGGUGCUGACAAGAAGGGCAGGAGCAGCAAAAGUCAGUCAUCACACGUGGACAUGGAAAUCGAGAGCCUCCUGAACCAGCAGUCCACCAAAGAGCAGCAGAGCAAGAAGGUGAGCAGAGAGAUCCUUGAGCUGCUCAAUACCAGCACAGCGAAAGAGCAGUCCAUUGUGGAAAAGUUUCGCUCUCGAGGCCGCGCUCAAGUGCAGGAGUUUUGUGACCACGGCACCAAAGAGGAGUGCGUGCGCUCGGGAGACAUGCCUCAACCGUGCACCAAGCUACACUUCCGCCGCAUCAUCAACAAACACACGGACGAGAGCCUCGGCGACUGCUCCUUCCUCAACACCUGCUUCCAUAUGGACACCUGCAAGUACGUCCACUACGAGAUUGACAGUCCUCCGGAAGCCGAGGGGGGCCUGGCGGGACCCCAGGUGGGAACCGUGGAGCUCGGCCUGCACAGCGGAGAUGGUGACAACAAUGUCGGCAAACUCUUCCCCUCUCAGUGGAUCUGCUGUGACAUCCGCUACUUGGACGUGUCCAUCCUGGGUAAGUUUGCUGUAGUGAUGGCCGACCCGCCUUGGGACAUCCACAUGGAGCUUCCCUAUGGAACGCUGACUGACGACGAGAUGAGGAAACUCAACAUUCCCAUUCUGCAGGAUGACGGCUUCCUCUUCCUCUGGGUCACCGGCAGGGCCAUGGAGUUGGGGCGAGAGUGUCUUAGUCUGUGGGGUUAUGAGCGUGUUGAUGAAAUCAUCUGGGUGAAAACCAACCAGCUUCAGAGGAUCAUCCGCACUGGGAGAACAGGCCAUUGGUUGAACCACGGGAAGGAGCACUGUCUGGUGGGCGUCAAAGGAAACCCUCAGGGAUUCAACAGAGGUCUGGAUUGUGAUGUCAUUGUUGCAGAGGUGCGUUCUACAAGUCACAAACCAGAUGAGAUCUACGGCAUGAUAGAGAGACUCUCACCAGGAACCAGGAAGAUCGAGCUGUUUGGACGGCCACACAACGUCCAGCCCAACUGGAUCACGCUCGGUAACCAGCUAGAUGGCAUUCAUCUCCUGGAUCCAGAGGUGGUGGCCCGCUUCAAGGACCGUUACCCAGAUGGCGUCAUCUCCAAACCCAAAAACAUGCAGACACCACAUAAUUGAUAGCUGUUGUUUUUUUUAAAUAAUACUGUACAGUAGGAGUGGGCCAAUGUUGGCAAGUAGGACUUUUUAACAUUGGCCUUCCAAGUUCCACAUAUCUAAACCGCUGAUGAAUUUAUUAAGUCGUCUUGUAGUUUUUGAUUUGAUAAAGGAGAAAAGAGCUGGACUCACAACCGCAAGCUGCUUUUGUUCUUUUAACAAACUAAGGCUGUGUCUCAAAUGGAAUACUGACAUCAGUACAAUUUAUAAGUAUUCUGUGUACACUAGAUUCCAAGUCCAAGUCUUAUUUAAUAACAAGAAACCUACUAGUGUUGACACUUUAUCUGCUGUAAAUUAGUCAAACAAUAAACAUUUGUUUUUUCACCACAUGGUUCACACUUAUUUUCAUUCCAAUGAAGUUUUAAAAAAAUCUAUUAAAUGCAAGCAUAGAGAGAGGUUGAGAAAGAGGUGAGAAACAUGAUUAGCAUCAUCUGAAAUGUGUCAUCUCUAUUUGCAUCGUCAUAAAUUGUAACAGAAGCUUUUUCUCUUUUAAAAAUAGAAGGCUUUUGCUGUUCCCGCAGACCAUGUCACCCAAACGUCCACUUACGUAGUCCACAAAAUGUAAUGAAGCAGGAGAAAUAAUGCACUUGUUUGUCAACUGUAAACUCAUCUCCAUGUCUUUUGUCUCUUGAGAAAAAGGU